AUGGGUGGUGCAGCGACGGAGCCGCCUUCGGUCUCCCUAUCGUUCGCCAACAAUUUCUGGGGCAAAGAUGACGCCGGCGUCGGUCCUAUGCUCGACCGCAUGCAUGCGGCCAAGGUCACCAACGACGAACUCAAGAACUUCUACGCAGCCCGCUCAGCAAUUGAAGAGGAAUACUCGCGGAAACUCCUAAACCUAUCGCGCAAGCCCCUGGGAUCCUGCGAAACCGGCACCCUGCGACUGUCGUGCGAUGUCAUCCGAGCCGAGGUCGAGUCCAUGGGCAAGGCGCACCAGAGCAUAGCACAGCAGAUGAAGACAGAGCUAGAAGAGCCACUAGCCGCUUUCGCUGGUGGAAUGAAGGAGCGCAGGAAGAUCGUACAGAACGGCAUUGAGAAGCUGCUCAAGCUGAAGAUGCAGCAGACGUCGACUGUCAACAAGGCACGCGACCGGUACGAGCAGGACUGUCUCAAGAUCAAGGGUUUCCUAGCGCAGGCGCACAUGGUCAUGGGACACGAGGAGCGGAAGAACAAGGCAAAGCUCGAGAAGACACAAAUCAAUCUGGCGACGACCAGCAGCGAAUACGAGGCCGCAGUCAAGGUGCUCGAGGAGACCACCGGCAGAUGGAACAGGGACUGGAAAGCCGCCUGCGACAAGUUCCAGGAUCUCGAAGAGGAGCGCAUCGAUUACACAAAGAGCAGUCUCUGGAACUUCGCCAACAUUGCCUCCACAGUAUGCGUCAGCGACGAUGCCGGAUGCGAGAAGAUGCGCCUGUCCCUCGAGGAUUGCGACGUAGAGAAGGACAUCAGCGGCUUCAUCAAGGAGUCCGGCACUGGCCAGGAGAUCCCCGACCCUCCCAAGUUCAUCAACUUCUGCAGAGGAGACGCCGAGACCUCAUCGCAGGUUGACGAGGACGAGAACUACUCAGUCGCCCAGUUUGCUAGGACCUUGAACCCAUCCUACCGCGCUUCAUCACCAGCGCCAUCUACAUUCUCCUCGCAUCACGAUCCGAACAACCCACUGGUACGAGAGCUAGGUCUCCCACAAGAAACACGCCCGAUCGCUCCUGACGAUCUACUACCGCGACAGUCCUUGGACCGACCACCACAGCGUCAGUCUAUAGAUAUGCCUCGACAAUCUGUGGAAUCAUUCAGACAGCCAGUGGAACCACCGCCUCCACUUAUGGAUGAACCCCGCAGGCGUGGAGAGUCUCCCCACCAACAGGCAGAAUCUCCCCGACAGUAUGCACAAUCAACUCGGUCGCGUGCCCAAUCCCGAUCAAAUGGGGACUACCAGCAUCAGCAGGUCGAGCCGCUGAGACAACGUGCAGAACAGCCUCAACCGCACGUGCAGCCUUUGAGACAACAUACAGACCCGCCAAGACAGCAGCAGCAGCACAUCGAGCCUUUGAGACAACAUACAGACCCACCAAGACAGCAGCAGCAGCACAUCGAGCCUUUGAGACAACAUACAGACCCACCAAGACAGCAGCAGCAGCACAUCGAGCCUCUAAGACAACAACACCACAUUGAACCUCUGCGACAACAUGUGGAGCCACCAAGGCAACCAGAGCCACAGCAAGCCCCUCCAUCCCCACAAGUUGCGCGCGCAGUACAGCCAGAUCCUCGAUUGGUUCAGGCACAGCAACAAGCUCGUCAACAAUACCAGCAGAGUCAAGUCCCACACAACGACUAUCCUUCGGAUGGUAUGACACAGUUCUGCCGCAUCGAUGCGCCGUCUGAUCGCAGCUCGAUCCCAAGUCCCGCUCGACCUGCCAGUAGGGAUUCACAGAGCGAUUACUCCAACCCCACGUCUUUCUCUAGCAUCGAGCCUCCAAGUGGUUCAGCAUCUCCUGGCAAGCCAAUGCCACAGUCACCGUUGCCUGAACCUAGUCCGAUUGAAGAGGGUUCAGUGGCAAAGAAGAGGGGCUUCUUCAACAGCCCCUUCGCACGGAGAAAGAGCAAGCACGAAGUCGAGACUCCGGCAGCUCUUACUCCUGCCAAUCGCAAUCGCAACACAUGGGCACCUCCCGCGCGCAGGAACACGGAGGAGAACACCAGCCCCACCAAGAGUUUUGCUACUAGAGCUACUCCUCGCAAUGCUAUACAGAGUCGCGCUCCCUCGCCCAGCCCUGAACCAGCUGAUCCUCGUGCCAACUUCCAGCUCAACGUGGGUAACAACGUUUUCGACGUGGCCUCGCCGGAUAAGAAGAAACAACAACAGCAGGAAGAGUCGCAAGAGGAUCUUGAUCCAAUUGCGCAGGCCCUUGAGGAGCUAAGAGGUGUCACUAAGCAGACGUCUGUUCGUCAGCAGCCAGAUGAUCGCAAGCAGGCUUCUUCUCGCCAGACUGCUGAUCGUUACCAUGGUCUCGCAACGCCUGCUCCGGGUACACCUGCUGUCGGGUCGAAGUUGGCAGGUGGUGCACCUACUCCUCUUUCUAACGUUGACUUGAGCGCUGCAAAGCGAGGCACACCUCCACCAACAUACGAGCAGCCAAAACGCGAGCAGCCGCCUCCCCAGCCUCGUGAGCAGCCGCGCGAACAACCACCUAUGUCUCACCUGGGUGCUCCUAAGCCAGCGCAUACUUCGCGCGCUAUGCAGAAGACGACUCAGAUGUAUGUCAAUCAGAAGGUGAGCAUGUUCAACGGAAGUCAGGCGUCUCGAUCCUCCAGCCGCAGCCCUACAAAGCAAGAGCCCCCACGUGUUGCAUCUCCAGCGCAGCCACCUCGAGCUAUCAGUCCUCGACCAACCCUCAAUACAUCCCAGAACUCAUAUCGCUCAUCUGGGGGGCAAUCACAGCCAUCAUCGCCUUCGACAUACCAACCUGCGCAACGACAGCAACCACCGGCAUCGCAGCCCGCACCAAGAGCGCAACCCGCUCCACGUCAACAACCUGUAGCUCAGCCUGCACAACGGCCGCAACCUGCACAACAACCAACGCCACGACCGGCAUCGAGGCUACAGCAACAGCAGCAGCAACAACAGCAGCAGCAGCAAAGGCCUCAACAACAAGCCCCUCCCGCAAAUUCGUUCAGCCGGACCGCAUCGCCCAACCCAUAUGCGGCAUCAAAUGCUGGGGGCAGGCCUAGAGCACAGACAGCUACUGCCGCCGCACAAGCAUACGGUACACCUGUAGGACGUAACUCGUACUCCUCGAACCGUGGCCCAUCCCCCAGUGUCAACCCCACCCCACGAACUGCCUCGCCCCUUCCACCACAACAGCCCCCUCAACCAGCCUACGCGCAAUCGCAAUCGCGCCCAGCAUCUCGAGCAGCCCCCGUCUCGCGAGCCGCAAGCCCCAACCCACAAUUCCGCCAAUCCCAAGAACGACCCGGCAGUUCCCACAGCGGCAUGGCUCUCGCACUCUCCACCGCAGGCAGCGAGCGCGGCGACGGCAGCGUCUACGGCGGAAGCCAGUACGGAGGCAGCGUACGUGGUAGACCCGGUACUGCUUCUUCCGCCCGGCCCACGACAGCCAGUUCAGCUCGACCAGGCACGGCUAGUACCGCCCGCCCGCAAAGCUCCUACAUGGGCGGCGGCAGCGCAGGAAGCGAAUUCGGCUUCAGCGGCGGGUCUGGUGCUGGUUCCGUGAGAGCGGAGUCCAGAGCUAGAAGCAAGAGUUUGGCUGAACCGAAGAACUAUAACAGCCAGGGCAGGGUUAUUUUGAACUACUCGCAGAUCCCAGAGGAACUGGGCUUCCAGAAGGGCGAUAUCCUUGCUGUGCUUAGGUUGCAGGAUGAUGGGUGGUGGGAGGCUGAGCCUGUGGGGAAUACGGGUCGACCUGGUCUUGUGCCGUCGAACUAUCUGCAGCCGUGUUGA